AUGUCGCAAAGAUUCGGUGCCUCGUCUCUCCACCAGCGCGACUCGCGCAGCGCCCUCUUCGCAGGCUACACGGGCGAUCAAUCCCAGCGCGGACGACCCAGCCCAUCUCCCUCUCCCAGCGCCGGCGUAGGGGGAGGCUACGGCUACAACAGCUACUCCCCUUCAAAUGGGAACUCCUACGGCGGCACGCCCUCGAGCGCAUACCGAACCGCGACGCCGAACAAGAAGGGGCAGUACAGCGACGCGGUGCUGAACGAGCUGGAGAGCCAGAACGAUGACCAAGUGGCGGGCAUUCUGGGCAAAGUCAAGGUCCUCAAAGACAUGACGGCCGCAAUCGGCGACGAAAUCCGCGAAUCCUCCGCCCUCGCCGAGAAGAUGAACGACACCUUUGACUCGACGCGCGUGCGCCUCCGCGGCACCAUGAACCGCAUGCUCAUCAUGGCGCAGCGCAGCGGCGUCAGCUGGAAGUGGUGGCUGCUCUUCUUCUUUGCCGUCGCCGCGCUGUUUAUAUAUGUCUGGCUGUUCUAA